UAACACUUCUCUUUUUUGCAGAUUUUGCCCACCUCCGUUCUCUAUAUAGUUAUCCCAAUCUUGCAAUUUUGCGAGCCGCACUACGGUGCCAAGAGAGGAGUUGGGCUAAGCUUCUGAAUUUUGAGCCGACCUACCGGUAUAGCGGUCGCCGAAAAGCAAAGGUAACCGAUUUUCUUCUUGAGGAAGCACCGGAACCGGACCCAACUUUGCCAGAGAUAAGACUUGUUCCGUUGACAGCUAAGGAAGAAAUGGCAAAGAAGAGUAGAGUCAGGGCCCUUCUAACUUCAACAACCAGAGGCGAAGUACAGCCAUCCAUCGAGGCGCAGCCUGCCGUAGUGGCCCUUCCUUCUCAGCAGCCUUCUUCAUCUCGGCCCUCCAAACGCGCCCGAAAUACACCGGCCGAACAGCAACUUGUUGAUGAGGUUGAAUCCCUCCCGCAAAGUCCUCAACCUUCCCCCCAACCGGAGCAAACUAACCGACCUGAAUCUCCGAAGUGGGCUCCGCCGCUGACCUUCAACGACCGAGAUAUCAAGGCCACUGACUCGGUCGUGGCUGAAAAAGAUCACCAACUGGCUUUUAACCUGGCCAAAAGUGUGUGCCUCCCUAAGGACAUGGAGCACCACUUGAAGCAACUGAACACCGAAAUGAAAUCAAUUCGGUCUGCUUCCAAGUCCAUGAUCUUGGCCUUACAAAAGAACAACAUUACAUACAAGAAAGUUCAAGAACUCCGCAAAACCACAAGGCAGGCGAUGGCGGAAGCCGAAGCAAAGUCGGCUGAACUAAUAGAAGCCGAAAGGAGAAUGGCCGAGCUACAAUCGGAGAACGGCCGUCUUGCCGAUCUAGUUAGUUCGGCGGAAGCGGAGAAGCAGAAAGCAGCCAUCGUUAUGAAGGACAAGUAUCUGCGGGAGUUGUUGAAGCUUGAGAAGAGAAAGGACGCCGAAAUAAGCGAGCUAAAAGAGAACAUGGAGGCGGCCGAAAAGGAGGGGUACAAGCGAGGUUACAAGGAGGCGGAAGAUGCCUAUGUCAAACAAUGCGACGCCGCCAAGGAGCUCUUCUUCAAGUGCGGCUGGAGGGCGGUUGUGGAGAAGCUCGGUCAUGAUGAUCAGACCGAGGUCUUCGACCCUCCAGCCUACUUUAUACCGAAGUCCCUGGCGGCGUAUGCAGACGCCUUGCAGCAGGAGUUUCUGGAGGACUCAGACACUGAUGACUCCUCUGCUCCUGAAGACAUUCCGGUUGAUAAUGUGGACCAGCCAGUUCGGUCGGAGCCCGCUGUGGAAGACUUGACAGUUGAUCUUCCCAGGGAAACCGUGAUUCCAGCCGAAGUGGCUCUCCCGAUUGUGAAUGAGCUCCCUCCAGAAACCGGUCUGCGAGUUGAUGGUGACGCUGCCUUUGACGCCGAGAUAGAUGAACUUUUUUCUUAAUUUUGUACUUUUUUUUUCAUUGUAACCGAACUACACUCGUUUGUAAUGACUUUUUCUUUGAACGAAAAUUUUACGCUAACUUUUAUUCCGGAUGUGGUAUGUCUUCUAUUACUCCAACUGUUAUUUCGGUUUUGGUUGGUUAAACUAUACUUACUAGUCAACCACUCCUUAGCCGACAUAAUUACUUCGGCUGAAGAGUACUAAGUGUUGGUUUAA